GCUGACCUGAUGAUUCCGGAUUAUUACUGCUCUAGGAACCCGGACUACGGCUAUCAUUGUACCAGUGGGAUGGUCUGUAUGCAGCUGGAGCUGAGCAAUGUGCACAGAGGCUUUGACGGAUUUGAUGAAUUCAUAACGAGUUUCUUCACGGUGUAUGAAGCUGCAUCACAGGAGGGUUGGGUGUUCCUGAUGUACCGAGCUAUUGACAGUCUCUACACAGAGCUUGCUUUUGUUUACUUCAUAACACUCAUCUUUAUACUGGCCUGGCUCGUCAAGAACAUCUUUAUUGCCGUAAUUAUUGAGUCAUUUGCGGAGAUUCGGGUUCAGUUCCAACAGAUGUGGGGGUCACGAGGCAGUGCUACAGAUUCUGAUUCUUCACAGGUAAUUCAGUGUGAGGGAAACUCCUGGAGGAUGGUAUUAAUUGAUGAGAACAAGGCUAAAGGCUUUGCUCCACCUUUCUUCCAGAAGAUUCUUUGUUCUAAUUUCUUCCAUACCUUCUUUCUGUUGCUGGUUUUUGCCAAUGCUAUCACUGGGGCUACCUUGUCAUUCCGGGGUCAGACAGGUGUUGGGAGCAAACUGGAUGGCUUUUACUAUGCUGAGGUGGCAUUCACGGUUCUUUUUGACUUGGAAGUGCUGUUUAAGAUUUGGUGCCUGGGUUUCCAGGGCUACAAGAAGAGACCUUUCCACAAGUUUGAACUACUUCUGGCUGUAGGGACGACACUACACCUUAUACCUCAGUGUUAUAGGGGACACUUCACUUAUUUCCAGGUGCUGAGAGUUGUCAGGUUAAUGAAGGCUUCCCCGAUGCUGGAGGAUUUCUGUUUCAAGAUUUUUGGACCUGGUAAGAAGCUGGGGCACCUGAUCCUGUUUACCAUGUGUCUCCUGAUUAUAGCCUCCAGCAUCAGCUUACAGCUCUUCUGUAACAUCAGGAACUUUAACAAAUUUGGAAGGUUUGAUCAGGCGUUCAUGUCUAUGUUUCAAAUCCUAGCGAAUAAGGGCUGGACUGAAGUGAUGCAAAUCACAAUGUGGAAAACAGACCGCUUCUACCCCAUAGUAGCAAUCUAUUUCAUUUUCUACCACUUAUUUGUUACGCUGAUUGUCAUCAGUUCCUUUGUGGCGGUUAUUCUGGAUAACCUGGAGUUGGACGAAGACAUCAAAAAACUCAAACAGUUGAAGGCCAGGGAACAGGUGACUGAAAGCCAACAAAAACUCCCCAUGCGGCUUCGAGUGUUUACCAAAUUCCCGAACCACCCCCAGAUGGUAUACCUGUAUAAGAUCCCGGGAGACUUCAGCCUUUCUCAGAUCAGGGAGAGCGUCAUGAGACAGUUCUCUACUCCAGAGGUCAAUCUCACCGUGGACAUACAGGAGAUGAAUGAAGAAAGCACCACACUGGUCAAAUUCUCCCCGGUCAAGCUGGUCAGACAGGAUGUGAGCGGAUCUAAAAGUGGUGGAGCUAUGGAGAAGAGGAGCGGAAUCACACUCAUUGUGAGGGACUCAGCUCAGCAGAAGAUGCAGGUGUGUGGGUCUACUCAGCUUGUUCCCAGUGGCCCCAAGUCCCUGUUAUCUCAGCAGUACCAACUCAGGAUGGACAGAAGAAGCAUGAGAGGUUCUCGACCUGGAAGUCUGAAAACCAGAAGUACUGCCAAGGAGAAUGGUGACAUCCACCUCGGAAAGAUCAACAGCUCAAUAUUAAACCGGACAAGGACACCUGACGACUACGACAUAAAAGUCUGGCAACAGAGGAAACAGCAGGCAGAGAUCAAGAGGAGCCAGCAGGAGGAAGACCUGAGAGAGAACCACCCCCUGUUUGACACGCCCCUUUUUACCGUGGGACGGGAAUCACAGUUCCGUAAGGCCUGUCAGAUGAUUGUCAAUGCUCAGUAUAACCACACACUGAGAGACCCCAUCACAGGGAAGGAGCUUAAUAGCAAAUAUAAACGCUUACAGAAUAGAACUAAUGUAGUCAAGGACUUUGGAGGAAUGCUCAAUCUAUUUAUUUAUGCGGUGAGUGUGAUAUUUCUGUGCUGGAUGCCACAGGAAGUGAGGCGUGACUCCCCUGCCCAGGUGUUCAUGUUACUGCGGUGUCUGCGGCCCCUCAGGAUCUUUGUUCUGGUCCCUCACAUGAGGAAGGUGGUGUACGAACUCAUCAGGGGAUUCAAAGAAAUCAUAUUGGUCUCUGUUCUGCUUGUGGUGCUCAUGUUCAUGUUCGCCAUUUAUGGAGUUCAUGUUCUGGGAGGAAAACUUCAUAAAUGUAAUGAUCCCAACAUCACCACCAAGGAGGAAUGCAAAGGUAGAUUUUUCCAGAAAGUUUUUGUGACACAAAUGAAGAUUCCUAAUGGUACAGAGAGUGAGGCGGGAUUCUAUGUUCCUAGAACUUGGUCCAAUCCCUAUAACUUUAACUUUGAUAACAUUGGGAGUGCCAUGUUAGCUUUGUUUGAAGUGUUAUCAUUGGAGGGCUGGCUGGAGGUCAGAGAUGUCAUCAUAGAGAGAGUGGGUCUGGAACAUGCCAUAUAUGUCCAUGUUUUUGUCUUCAUGGGUUACAUGAUAGGCCUGACUUUAUUUGUGGGUGUGGUCAUUGCUAACUAUAGUGAAAACAAGGGAACAGCAUUGCUGACUGUGGAUCAAAGAAGAUGGCUGGAUUUGAAAGGAAGAAUUAAACUGGCUCAGCCAUUACACAUACCACCUAGACCUGAUGGAACAAGUUUUCGAGCUAAGAUGUAUGACAUCACGCAGCACAAGAAAUUUAAAGCAGCGACUGUGUUCCUGAUUCUGGUCAACUGUGGGCUGCUGGGAGUUCCUUGGAAAUCUUCCAAUGCCAGACAGACGUUUAUCUUAGGCUCACUGUCGGCUGUGUGUACUCUUCUCUUUCUCUGUGAGGUGAUUAUAAAGAUGAUAGCCUUGACCCCUAAGGGUUACUGGACCAGUAGGAGGAACCGAUUUGACAUGCUGCUGACCUUUCUAGGGGUCAUCUGGAUCAUACUGCACUUCACAUUUAAUCUUACUGGGCAGGAGGGUGAUGCUAAUAAUGUUUUUGGAGUCAUCAUUAUUGUUUUGAGAUUUUGCACAAUUUGUGGAAAACAUGCGGCCCUGAAGAUGUUGACCCAGACUGUGGUGAUGUCGGUGCUGAAGAGUUUUUUCAUCAUCACGGGAAUGUUUCUCCUGAUUCUGUUCUACGCUUACCUUGGCGUCAUUCUGUUUGGGACGGUCAAACAUGGCUAUAACCUAGGAAGACAAGCUAAUUUCCAGACCACCCCAAUGGCUAUAGCUCUGCUGUUCCGAAUAGUAACUGGAGAAGAUUGGAAUAAAAUCAUGCAUGACUGUAUGGUGGCGCCUCCUUUCUGUACAAAUGUCGGCAACAUCUGGGAGUCAGACUGUGGUAAUGGGACCGCCUCCAUUGUGUAUUUCUUCUCCUUCUAUAUCAUCAUCACCUACAUUGUCCUCAAUCUACUGGUGGCUAUCAUCAUGGAGAAUUUUUCUCUGUUCUACUCCAAUGAGGAGGAUGCUCUGCUGAACUAUAAUGACAUCAGGAACUUCCAAAACACAUGGAACAUUGUGGACGUCAACAGGAAGGGAUCUAUUCCUGUGCGUCGAGUGAAGUUCCUCCUGAGACUGCUCAAAGGUCGUCUAGAGGUCGACUUGGAGAAGGAACGCCUGGUCUUCAAACACAUGUGUUAUGAGAUGGAGAGGCUACAUGGCGGAAUGGACGUGUCAUUUCAUGAUGUCAUCAGCAUGUUGUCGUACCGGUCGGUGGACAUCUGUAAGAGUCUGCAGUUAGAGGAGUUACUUGCCAGACAGGAGCUGGAGUACACGAUCGAGGAGGAGGUGGCUAAACAGACCAUACGCAACUGGCUCGACUCGUGUCUCAAGAGGAUCCGAGCCAAACUCCCACCACAGCAGAAGGAGCACACAAAUCUGAUCUCGAAUCUGCGGGCGACCAAUGAACAGCCGCUGUUUACCCUGACAGAGCAACCGUCCAGUGCUGCAGAGAGCAGCGAGGAAAAUCGUAAUGAGAGUCCAGUGGUACGAACCAGGAAGAAGGGGAUGGUAGAGCUUCAGCCCCCCAAUAUCCUGGUACAACCUCCACCCCCUCCAACACAGUCACCAACAUUGAGAACCUCUCCCAGGAUUGAGAAGGAGAGACCCACACUGAAGAAACGGUCUGGAAGGCUUUCAUCAGGGAGUAAUUUUAAGGGCCUGACGGUGAACCUGAGUCAGACGUCGGAGAUUAAGGGUGAGACCCUGGCCGUGUCCCCACUACAGAAAACCUUCACAGAGAGUAUACUGAUCGGGGAGAACGUGUCCACCAACAUACAGUCCUGGUGGGGGGAUCAGUUCUCACAGGACACACAGGAAAAAUGACCACUGGACAACAAACUGACCACUACUGACCAGUCACUGAUUGAUAAAGUGACCAUUGUGUAUUACACUGUGGAUGGCAUUGGGUGUGAAAGAAACUGUGUAAAACUGUAUCAUGUUUUGAAUUCAUUUUCAAAAUGAUUUACUAGACAUCCAUCUCUAGAACAGAGAUGCACUGGUGGCUUAUCCAUUAUUAUGAAGAAGAUUGGAUAAUUUGGGUAGGGGGUGUAAAGAGGGAAAUUUUUUAACAAUUUUGAAUUUACUGUAAAUAUAUUUUUCAUUUGGUCAUAAUUCUACAGAGUCAUUGUUUCUUUCCAAUGUGUAGGAACUCUGAAUUUCUUGGAUUUCUAUUGCUACUGAAUAUGACUUAAAUGCAAUUUUAAGUAUGUUGAGACAAAUCUUUGACCUAGUACAUAGUGUAAAUAAUCUGUAUUGAUAUAAAUUCAGCUGUUGUAUGGGAUGACAUAUUUUCGUAUCAUAUGUAAAUGUAAAACAAUACAAGGAUUUGUGAGUACAAUGUGAGUAGGAUUCAACAUAUGGCAGUGUUGUUCUGUGCUUGACCUCUUCACUUGUUACAAGUGUGAAAUCAAUGUGCAAUAGAGGUAUAUGAAAGACUCUACAAUUUAAAUUUGUUGUGUAUGUGUUCUGAACAUACUAAUACAAACUUGCCAAACUAUAGUGCAAUAGAGAUGAGUGCAAUAUCAUUAUUUUACAGUAAUUUUUAAAGAUAUUUUUAAUAAUGAUAAUCAAAAUAUAUGUUGCAUUUGCCUAGCAAUACAAUACAAAUUAACUUCUGUUGGCUGUAGGUUAAAAAUUCGCCAGUAUGAUGUUUUCUUCAUUUUUUUCCCUUGGCACACAAUUCAGAGCAAGUAAUAAAAAAUCAUCAUAUGAAGUCAUUGUAACAACCUUUAAUAAAUAUUCAAAUUUGACUUAUCUAGAGAAUGAAUAUCUCCUAUACAGAAAAUGAACUGUAUUCUGUCUCAGAUCAUAAAUACUUGUGAAUAUUAAUUAUUAAUUACAUGGUAUUUUUUAAACUGUGUAUAUGUAUAUUGAUUUUGUCUUUGAUCUCAUUGUUAGUUGCUCUUAUCUUGCCAAAAAGCUUUCCUUUGAUGUAAGAAGUUAAAAUUGUUGAAAGAUUUUGAAAUGAGUUUGUCAGUUUGAAACAAGUGUUGUAUUUAUAGAUCAUGUUUUCAAUAAAAGUUGAGUUUUUCCAGA